GGUACUGGCAGAGCCCUCACCGACGCGGCGCAGCCCCACGUGGCUGGAACACGGAAGACAGAGCUGGCUGCUGAUAACGAGAUUAAUCGGUAGUCUCAGGAAGAGUGAGCUAUAAUUCCAAGAGCAGUAAUUCUCCAUUGUUCAGUAAUUUUACCCGGGUGUUUGCAAUGUAAGUUUCUGUAAGGGUAACUGCGAAAAAAGCAAGUUUAUGAAUGUUUUAUUUAAAGUAGUGGCAACAUGAGUGUCCAGUUUUUGAUAAGAGAUGCUGAACAAAGACGCUUUGUAUAAUUAAUGCACUGCUCAACGGACAAGUCCAAGUGAAGUUCAAGUUCCAAACGACCACCAGAGACCCCUAGCGACCAAACAAGGCCUUCCGAACAACUUAGAGCUAAUUAACAUAUGUUUGAACUUUAUGAGAGAAGUAGUGAAUAAGAACCCCUGGAGAAUAUGAUGUGCUGAUUGUGUAUGCAAGUGACGCUGCUGAAUGGUGUCAGUACCUCCAGAACCUCUUCCUCUUUACUCGGCACAUUCGAAAGCAUCGGAUUCUGACCUACCGACUGGAAGGCGAGUCUGCCAUUUCCCCCCAGGACCUGGACCUGUUCAGCAGAAGUCGGAGCAUCAUCCUUUUGCUUUCUGCAGAGCUCGUGCACAGUUUUUAUCUUCCUCAUGUCCUGCAGAGCCUUCAGGAAGCUUUAUGGCCCCCGUGCAAAGUAGUCAAGCUGUUCUGUGGUGUUACGGACUGUGACGACUAUUUGACCUUUUUUAAGGACUGGUCUCAGUGGCAGGAACUCACAAAUGAUGAUGAGCCUGAUGCUUACCUUGCAGCUGUCAAGAAGGCUAUUUCAGAAGACUCCGGCUGUGACUCUGUGACUGAUACAGAAACAGAAGAGGAGAAGAAUCCAGCUCACUUCCACAGACUUGCCAUGAGUGAAGAACACAGAUCAUCCAAGAGCACUGGGGACCACCCAGUGGUGCAGCCUGACCGCAUACAAUGUGGGGUGCAGACAACAGUUUAUAUUAUCAUGAAAUGUAAACUAGAUGGUGAAAUGAAAACUGAAGUUGAAUUCUCUCCAGAGAAUGCAUCCUCUGUGCGUGUGCUGGCCGAGAUGGAGAAUGAGUACACAAUCUCUCUGAAGGCUCCAAAUUUAACCUCUGGGACAGUGCCUCUGCAGAUAUAUUCAGGGGACUUGAUGGUGGGAGAAACAAGUGUCACUUACCACACGGACAUGGAGGAAAUCAGCAGACUUUUGGCUAAUGCAGCCAACCCCGUACAGUUCAUGUGCCAGGCCUUUAAAAUCGUGCCAUACAGCAUAGAAGCACUGGACAAACUGUUGACUGAGUCACUCAAGAAGAACAUUCCUGCCAGUGGUUUACACCUGUUUGGAAUCAACCAGCUGGAAGAAGAAGAUAUGACAGCAAAUCAGAGGGAUGAGGAGUUGCCAACACUGCUUCACUUCUCUGCAAGAUAUGGGCUGAAGAACCUCACUGCCUUGCUGCUUACGUGCCCUGGAGCGCUGCAGGCCUACAGUGUAGCCAACAAGUAUGGCCACUAUCCAAACACCAUAGCAGAAAAGCAUGGCUUUAAGGAUCUCCGCCAGUUCAUUGAUGAAUAUGUGGAAACUGCAGAUAUGCUGAAGAGUCACAUCAAGGAAGAGCUGAUGCAAGGCGAGGAGGAUGAGUCUAUUUAUGAGUCCAUGGCUCAUCUGUCCACAGAUCUGUUAAUGAAGUGUUCCUUGAAUCCUGGCUCCGAUGAAGAGCUUUAUGAAUCCAUGGCUGGAUUUGUCCCUGGUGCUCCAGAAGAUCUUUAUGUAGAGAUGCUUCAGUCCAAACCAGACACUCCAGUUGCUGGAGAUGAAGUUUCUUUAACUACAAAAGACUCCAUGCUCCGCAGGUUUUUAGAAGGCGGUAGCAUGGAUGUGCCAGAUUCAGAGGAAGUUUAUGAGCCAUGUGGUGAAGAUGUAUACUACCCAGUGGAACAAGAUACUUUUCCACAGGAAAUGGCUAACAGACCUCCAGUCCCUGUUCCAAGACCAGAGUCUAGUUCUCCACAGCCAGACAAUGAGCUGUACAUCUCCAAAAUUUUUGCACAGAAAGCUCAAAGACCUGAGAAUCUUUAUGUCCCUAGAGGAAGGAUUAAGAAAGAGACAAUAGUCAGGCCUGUAAGGGACCUGUCUCAAUCAAGCAUAUAUGAUCCAUUUGCCGGAAUGAAAACCCCAGGCCAACGGCAGCUGAUUACAUUACAGGAGCAAGUGAAAAUGGGCAUACUCACUGUGGAUGAAGCUGUACUUCAUUUUAAGGAGUGGCAACUGAAUCAGAAAAAGAGAUCAGAAUCAUUCCGGUUCCAGCAGGAAAAUCUGAAACGUCUACGAGACAGCAUAACCAGGAGGCAAAUGGAGAAGCAAAAAAAAGACAAAAGUGCAGAUUUAGAAAUUACAGUACCCAUUCGACGUUCUCAUAAUACUUUGGGGAGACCAGAAUGUGGAAUAUAUGAAUACACCCCCAGGAAAAACGUUUUUCCACCAAAAAAGGAGUUAAAGCGAGGAGACUGGAAAACAGAAAGCACAUCCAGCACAACAAGUAGUGCAAGUAACCGCUCCAGCACUCGCAGCAUACUGAGUGUCAGCAGUGGGAUGGAAGGGGACAGUGAGGACAAUGAAGUCCCAGAAACAACUAGAAGCCGCAGCCCAGUUGCCCACCAAGCAGAGAGGCUGCCUUUCCCAGAAAGGCCUCCCAGAGUGCCUCCUCGAGGUGCAAGCAGGCCUGUAAGCUGUGAAGACUUUUAUCCUCCACCUGUACCACCAAGAGGUCGCUGAAUUUCUCAACAUCUCUGGAAUAUGAGAUUUUUUUUCUGUUUAUACAUGUGUUUGUACAGAUAUUUUUUGGCUGUCUUAAAUUAUUUAUAAGCAGGACCAAAAUGUUUUCAUCCCUUUCCUCCUCCCUAAAGCUCUGGUGACUUUCCCCAUGAUUUUCACUGAGACUUCUUGGCCUUCUAUAACAUUUUUUAGUUGGAAGAAUUUUGGUGCUUUGGGGCUUCAUGAAAAAGUAUCAUGGUUGGGAAGGAGAAUGCUGAUGUGUGUCUUGGGAGCCCUGCACCGACAUGAAGUUUCCUUUUGACCAAGAAAGCACACGUGUCCUUUUAAGAACUAAAUACUGAUAAGCAUUGUUACUAAAACCCUCAACAUGGUCUACAAGGGCUUGACUGGAAAACAUACUUG